GCCGCCCGAGUCGAGCUCGGCGCGCGUCUGCCUGGUUGCUUCGGAGCCGGGUCGUGUGGUCGCCUUCUUGCCUGCCUGCCUGUCUGCCUGCCUCCUGCCAUGGGGACCAUCGAGAGCAGCGAGGGCCGCAGGGUGUCCUUCGGAAUGGACGAGGAGGAGCGGGUCCGGGUGCUGCAGGGCAUCCGGCUGUCUGAGAAUGUGGUCCAACGCAUGAAGGAUCCCAGCCCUCUCGCAGAAGGCCAGCAGCCAGCUCCUCCACCUGCUGCUCCGGACUGUGGCUCCACAGCUCCUCAGAAAGAACCCAAACUGCCCACGUCCAAGAUUGGUGGUGGCCGGCAGCCCUCGGGAGUGAAGGAGGACCUCAAGAGGUUUAGACAGGAGCAGGCCACAGUGCAGGAUGAGCUAUUCCGGGUGGUGAGGCGGGAGAGAGAGGCAGCUGCCAAGCACGUGACAGCGGUCCCGCCUGCGGUGGAAGGCAGCACUGACCAGGAGAAGCAGCAGUCGGCCCGGCUGGUGAGGGAAAAUACCCAAGAGGAGGAGAGCAGCUCUCUCAAGUCUGUGACAGCUCCUCAGGUAGAGGCCAGGGAGCUGGAAAGCAGAGAGGCAGAGCUCCGACACCACGACACCUUCUACCAGGAGCAGCUGGGGUGCAUUGAGAGGAAGAACGUGGAGAUGUAUAAACUGUCCUCACAGCAAUUCCACGAGGCAGCUUCAAAAGCAGAGAACACAAUCAAGCAACCAUCUGUUCCUGGGCUCUCUUACCUGAAUCUGAGGCCCCGAAGGGUGGAGCCCGUAUGCUCAGGGCUGCAGGCCCAGAUCCUUCGCUGCUACCGUGACCAUGUGCAAGAGGUGCUGCUGUGCUCGGACCUGGUCAAGGCCUACCAGCACUGCGUGAGUGCCACCCACAAGGGGCCAGCACCAGCCAGGGGCAUCCGUGUGCCCAGACUCCCUGCCUUUGGGGUCGGGCUGAGGAGCAGCCACCACACCUGGCCCUGGGCACCAGCUUGCAGCUCUGACCCAGGGACCGGCCAUGGGACCACAGGCACAGACCCUGGGUGACGCCACUGUGCCAUGCUCCUUCCCAGGGGCACCUCAUGUCCUCUGAGCUCGGCUGCCAUGUACUUAGGAAAUAACGUGCUGCUGUCUGAAAACAAAUAAAGCAGAUGCCUUUGUUUUCAGUCA